AUGGCGGGCUUAAGGUCGUCGGCCAGGGAGUGGGCCGUCCAGUCUCACCUACUGCCGCGAGGGGGCGUUUUAAAGCUCUGGCUCUUUGAGCUCUGGCUACUUCUCCUGGGUUCAGGUUUGAACGAAGGGUUCUUGCCAGACGAAGAGGACGUGGACUUUAUCAAUGAGUAUGUGAACGUUCACAAUGAGCUCCGGAGCAACGCCGACCCCCGACCUUCCAAUCUGCGCUUUAUGACUUGGGAUGUAGCUUUGUCACGGACUGCUAGAGCAUGGGGGAGAAAAUGUUUGUUUCAGCAUAAUAGUCACUUAGAAGAACUGAAGAUGGUCCAUCCUGUAUUUAGUGGAGUUGGUGAAAAUCUUUGGGUUGGCCCUGAAAAUGCAUUUACUGCAACUAUUGCUAUCAAAAGUUGGUAUGAAGAGAGAAAGAAUUAUGACUUUUCAAAUGACACUUGUGAAACAGAGUGUUCUAAUUAUUUGCAGGUUGUUUGGGACCUCACUUACAAAGUUGGUUGUGCUGUUACUGCAUGUCCAAGAAUAGGACGUAUUCAAGAUGCAGCACUUUUCAUAUGUAACUAUGCACCAGGAGGAACUCAGAAAAGAAAGCCUUACAUACCAGGACAGUAUUGUUCUAGAUGUAACAGAUAUGACAGAUGCACAGAUUUUCUAUGCAGUAGUGCAGAGCGUGACCAAGCCACAUAUUACAGAUUUUGGUAUCCCAAGUGGGAAAUACCCCGGCCACUUGUGUGUGAUCCACUAUGCAUACUUACUCUAUUACUUAGGUUGAUAUGCCUUUCACUCUGCACUACAGCUGUUUUGGUAGUACAGGUUCAUUUUCCAAAUGUAUUGCUAGAAGAAGAAAUAUUAAAUAAACUUGAGGAAACUGAAGUAAAGCCAGAAGUGGCAGAGGUGAAUGAAGAGAAGGAGGAGGAGGAGGAGGAGGAGGAGGAGGAGGAAAAUACUCAGAAGAUUACAACUGAUCAAUAA